AUGCUGCCGGCGCAGCCACGACGCCGCGCGGCCGCCCGCUCCCCAGCACCUGAGUCCGUUGGGCCCAGUAUGGCGGCGUUGCCGUGGCAACGGUGCCAGCAGCGCCAGGGAGAACUCCUCCCCUUCCCCGGGAGCCAGCCGGCUGGGAGGGCGGGAGGACGGGGAGGAGCAUCCUCCAAGCUGCAGUCCGCCUCGCCUCGCAGCGGAGGCCCAGGGCCCAACUCAAGAACAGUGGCGGAAAACGAACUCUUGAAGUUUAAUCUGGAGAAUCUCUUCCAGACCUUCUAUGCAGGUGAACGUGCUACUGCUGUCUCCACGGGAGGAGUGGCAGGCAGUGUCCUGAUUGACACUGGCUCGGGCCCUAUCUGCCAGCUGCUCUCCGCCUGUGAGGCCUAUCAGGAGAUCAUCAUGGUGGACUACACAGGGCACAACCUGCAAGAGCUGAAGAAGUGGCUGAGGAAGGAGCCAGGGGGCUAUGACUGAUCUCCCGCUGUGCAGUAUGGGUGUGAGCUGGAGGGACACAGAAGCAAGUGGCAGGAGAAGGAGGCCAAGCUUUGAAGGACAGAGACUCGGGUGCUGAAGUGUGAUGUGGCCAAGACACACCCUGUGGGGUCAGCUCAGGUCACCCCAGCUGACAGUGUGCUUACUCUGGCCAUGGAAUGUACCUGUCCCAGUGUGGGUGUGUACUCAGGCAGCCUUGUGGGGCCUGGCGGGCACCUGGUGACCAUAGUCACCCUGCACUUCCAGCACUAUGUGGGAGGGAGGAAAAAAGAAAGAAAGGAUUUCUCCAGACUCUACAUGGAGAAAGAGACAGUAGAAAGGGCCAUGCAGGAUGCCACCUGCCAGGUGCUGAGGCGUAACUACUGCUCCCUCAGCUAUUCAGAAGCCCGCUGGGUCAACGAUGGCAGCAGCUUUAUUAUUGCCCAAAAAGGGCCCGAGGGCCUGAGGCCACUUGGCAGAGAAGAGCCCUCCCUGGGGAAGACCCACCUGUUAGGAGCCUCGCCACAGGCUGCCCUGGUUGCUAAGAGACUCGCCUGUGCCCGGGUGACAGCAGAGCUGCUCAGCCCUGCCUCGCACUAG